UUUUUUUUUUUUUUUUUUUUUUUUUUUUCUUCUCUUUCUUUUUUAAUAAUUAUCAAACAUGUCAGAAGUCAGAAAUAUAUUAAUAAUUGGACGAACAGGCAAUGGAAAAUCAACACUUGCUAAUGUUUUAAGCAAUUCAUGGAAUUUUUUAGAAAGUUCAGGUAGUAUUAGUAAAACUAAAAACUUCCAAAGUGAAACUUUUGAAUGGGGAGAAACAAAAUAUCGUGUAUUUGAUACUAUAGGAAUUGGAGAUACACAAUUAUCCAAAGCAACUAUUUUAUAUAGAAUUGCGGAAGGUAUUAAUUUUAUGGAAGGAGGGAUAAACCAAGUACUUUUUAUUGUAGGAGGAAGAUUUACAGAAGAAGAAGUAAAUGCUUUUAAUUUGUUUCGACUUGUCCUACAUGAAUCUCGAAUUCUUGAAUAUACAACACUUGUGAGAACCAAAUUUUCUCGAUUCAAAAAUUCCGAAAAAUGUCGAGAAGAUAAUGAAGAAUUACUUAGAGAGAAUGAAGAAAUUGUUAAUUCAUUUAAGAAGGUUAUUUAUGUAGAUAAUCCAUCGAUAGAUACGGAUGAUGAGGAAGAAAGAAGAAUUAAUGGAAAUAAGAGAGAUCAAUCAAGAGAAAUUAUAUUAAAUUAUUUGAAAGAUGAAUGUAAUGAUAAUUAUGAGUUAGAAUGUUGGAGUAGAAUAAGCCUUAAUUUUUCUAGUUAUAUAGGAAGGAAAUUAGAAUUGGAAAGGAAGAAUGGAGAAGAGAAUGAUUCAUUCUUUUUAAAAUUAGAAAGUGCAAGAAAUGAAUUAGCCCAGAAAGUAUCUACAUUACUUCAAAGAGAGAUUCCUUCAAUUAAUGAUAACAAACGGUCUUGGUGGUCACUUUUUUAAUUAUUACCUUUGACCUUUAGAAAAUAUAUUAUAGUUGUUUACGUUUUAUCAUGUAUAUCUUUUUUUCCAAUUGAUUUAAUAAAUAUUGAUAUUAACCUGUAUUGCGAAAUCAAA